AUGGGAUUUUCACCAUUACUAUGGGCUUGUGCAAAUGGGCAGAAGGGUGCGGUUGAGCUCUUACUGUAUCACGGUGCCAAUAUGCUCCUUACCGGAGAUAACGGCGAGACGGGCCUGUUGUUAGCCGCUUGUCGUGGUCACUACGAUGUCGUGCACUAUUUACUUCGUGCUGGAUUCCCAGUUGAUCAGUCCGAUGAGUUGUACAACACGGCACUCAUGUUCGCCGCGUACAACAAUAAUGCGGCGAUUGUGUCACUCCUGCUCGACUGGGGUGCGGAUAUUACGGCCAUGAAUGCGGACGGUUGGACGGCUCUAGAUUUCGCCAUUCAACGUCGUUCCCGUGCCAGUCAACGGCUGAUUGAAAAGCAUAUCAUCUCGCUCUUGCAGGGACAGUGA